AUGUUACUCUAUCAUCCCAGGAAAGGUGAAAUUGCUGCUAAGAUGGAAAAGAGCAAGAAUGACGAAGUGAAAACGGCUGAAGAGAGUCUAAGGAUGAAAUUGCAUCGACUCAAACAAGAGAUUCGAGAGAUGGGAGAAAGAGGAAUAGAAGUAGAAUUAGCCACCGCAGCUGCGCAAGCCAAAAGUGCAGCACUGGACGCGGAGUUAGCGACUAAGAUGGCAAGAUAUGUUGUCCUGAAUGAGGAAACGGUUGCUAUGCGGAAGGAACAUGAUGCCUUCAACAAUGAUAUAACCAUGAGGCUUCAAAAACUACAUGGAAAAUACCCUUUCUUCAACCAAGAGGCCACCAACAGUGGUCCUGAAGGCACUGGACCUGAAUCUCCAAAGUUCCCAAAAAGGAAAAGCAGCAAUGGUGAUAACAACGAAGAAAUCGACCUUACUGAUGUCGUGGUAGCUCAGCCCGUCCUUGCCGAUCAGAAGGAACUGAUCCUACAGUUGAUGCAACAAAUUGCUGAGAUGAGGGUCGAGAUGCAAAGAAAACAAGAUUUGCCUUCUCCGAUUUUUGCUGUCAACGCUCAACCAAAUGGAAGACCUCCAGCUCAAAUUCCCCCUCCUAAUGUGGAACAAGCUCAGAACCCGCCUUCAAGUCCCGCUCGUAAUCCCUCCAUCAUUGACCUUACCACCCAAAACCCCCAUUACGCCUCAGCCUCUUAUCAAACACCACCCCCUCCUCAAAAUACCAACCUCCAAGCACCACUCCCUUCCUCCAAUGCAAACCACCAAACUGGCCUACCCCCUCAAAGCCAAAAUGUUAACCGCCCGCACAUUUCCCUCCAUCACCAAAAUCAACACACCAACCCUCAGAUUUUCCCUCAAAAUUAUCAAGCCACUCAAAAUGCCCAAAGUCCCUCUAUUUCUCCACCACUACCACAAAAAUCCACUUUCCAAAUACCAGUCCCCAAUGAGCAUGACGCCCAUGGUUCGGAGCUCGACCACUAUGAAGAGAGAGAAAGAGUGGAGGUCAAAGGAAGAGACCUUCAAGAUAGAUAUGAAGGAGGAAAUUAG